AUUUAUAAGGUAGGACAUGAUUGUCGUUCUUUUUGUACUGAUAAAAUAGGUGGCUGUUAAAGAAUGUUAGAGAUGAUUUUUAUUCUACUAACAACAACUGUUAUCGCAGCAUUCGAACUGAAGUGUCCAGAUGAAUUAGACAGAACAUUUAGGGCAAGGCAUGUUUGUUAUAACAUAGCAGAUCACUAUUCAUGUCUGUUAGAUCAGGAUACACACGUUUAUAAAGAAUCGUGUGCGGACAGUGCUGACUACGUACGACCAGGACAAAAAUAUGUAACAAGCGGUAGACGCAAAAAUACCGACUGUUCUACGUUGAAGUAUCAACCGUUUAAAUUUUGGUCACAUAGAUUAAGUCAAUGUGUCUUCAAAAAGUCAAUGUGUGGUGAAUUGGGACAGAUAUUAAACGGGAAUGGUUCUUCUAUGGCUGACAGCACCUGUCGAUGUGACUAUACAGCAGGGUUUGCAUUCGUUACUGAACCAAGAGAUAAAUGUUUUUGUAGACCAACAGAGGAAGAUUGUAUGUGCUACAUAGUUUCUUGUCCAACAAACAUGCCGCUAAAUCAAGAUUAUAAUUGUAGUUCUAGAGAAGACUCGUCAUUGCUGUUUAGUUGUCCAUUGAUUAAUAAGACUGCAGUAGAAUCAGAGGCAUCAUCUGUUUUGAAAGGCAAAGAAAAAAUACUUACAAGAAACUUGUUGGCUCAAAUGUCAGUUACAUGCCUUAGUUUACUAGCUAUUAUACUUUUGGCGAUUAUGGCGGUGAUGGAAUUCAGAUAUUUUCCUAUAACAGACAUGAGGAAAGAAUGUCGAAAUGAAAGUCAAAAGAUUUCACCGGAAAAAGCUGUGGAAAAACUACGUUUUAUUAUUGAACUUUUGGAGCAACUAUUGAGUAACAAAGAGUUUAAUAAGGAUUUUCAAGAAGAAUUAUCUACAGCUUGCCCCAACUAUACGAACGUUUUGCAGACAUAUAAACGUGAUUUGCUUAGAAAUGACUGUGGUAUCCUUAUUGCAGGCGAGACAAGUGCUGGAAAAACUACAUUGAUCAAUCAUCUUGUUGGAAAAGAAAUUUUUUUCACUAAUAACCUUGCAGCUACUGGAACAAUAUGUAGAAUCCGCAAUUCCGAAUCAUUAUCGGUUCAAAUACAUUCGAAAGAUCACUCCACUGAAGAGAAGGCUGCUGCUGAUUUUGAUGAACUAGCAUCACUCCUUAAGCAAUUCACAGACAUUGAAAACAAUCCUCCAGAGAUGAUUGAUGUUUAUCUUCCGGUUCCUAUAUUGAAGGGAAACGUUAUAAUAGUUGAUACACCUGGUAUUGGCGAAAAUGAACAGUUAGAUAACCUUCUAUUGGAUUUUCUGCCUCAUGCAGUCUCGUUUGUAUUUAUUGUAAACGCAAGCAAUGCUGGAGGAAUACACAAGGAUAGGCUUUUACAAAUUUUGAAGACCGUGAUUGAAAAACGAAAGGAAAUGCCAUGUUUUGAGCCUGACGAAGUUAUAUUCUUGACAAAUCAAUGGGAUAUCAUAAAAAAUAUUAAAAAAAAUGGAGAAGACGAAGACACACACACGAGGACAUGGAACCAAAUUCAAAGAAAAUUAGAAGAAAGUUGGCCAGGUCUCAAUACUGAUCGUUUAUUUAAAAUCAGUUUAGAACAGGUUAGAAAACGUAAAAAAACUCCUUUUACAAGACAAUUUAAAAAGUUUCUGUUAAUGCUCAGCGAAACCAUCGAAAGAAACAAAAACAAACGUGUAGAAUAUUAUUUCAGAUUCGUACAGAGAUUUGCUGUUAAUGCAGAAAUGGGAAUUGCUUCACGAAAACAUCUACUUGAAAUAUCCGACGACGACCGAAAGAAAACUAUUUUAAAGAAUAAAGAAACAUUAAGACAUUUGGAGAGAGUAUCACACCAGAAAAUGAUGGAAGCAAAAGAAUACAAAACCAAAGUGAUAACCAAGUUAGCAGAACAACUUUCUAACUAUUUAAAGUCAGAUAUUGGCAGAACAGAAAUUUUGAAUCCUCCAGGAAGGAAAUGUAUCAGCUCAGUUCGAUUUGAUUCAUUGGGCGAGGAAGUGAUUACUAGAAUAAAUAUGGGAAUAAAUAGAUGGUGUGAGGGUGAAGAUGUGUUCAUGGUAAUUCAAGAGAUCCAAUAUGAAAUGAAAAAUAUUCUGUCAGAGAUAAUGAUCAGCAUUUUGUAG